AUGGGAGAAAACUUGGAACAGUAUCGCCAAAAGAAGGGAAAUUUGAAUUAAAUCUUGCCGAUCGGAUUGGAAAUCGUCAAAAUUCUAAAGGAGCUCUAUUCAUUAGGAGUAAUGCAUCGAGACAUAAAACCUGAGAAUUUUGUUAUGCAGGAGGGGAUGAUCAAUCUGAUUGAUUAUGGACUUCUAAAAAUAUCAGAUUAUGGUCAUCACAUCUAUUACAAACAAAAUAAAGGGAUGAUAGGAACUGCUCGAUUUGAAUCCACAAAUUCUUUGAAAAACAUAGAACAAUCUAGAAGGGAUGACUUGGAAUCUUUGGGAUACAUGCUCAUUUAUUUGCAUCAGGCAAUUUGCCUUUGUAUUCUGUCAGUGAUCAGGAUAAAGAUAUCUGAUAUUAAAAAAUCGAUAAAUUUUUGGUCUGCCUAUUCAACAGUUUGA